GUCGCAGGCGCCUAGGUAUAAAGAUCGUUCUCAUAACCCCAUUCUCCCGGCUUGCAAGGCUAUCAUCUUUCGUGCCUCUACCCUUGUUGUGAUCCCUUGGGCCUGUUGUCCCUGAUAGACUCAGGUUCGGUCCUUUACUUUGUUGGGCACACCUCCUUUGUGCUUCCAUCCGCCUGUCACCCCAUAUCGGUCGCAACAGCACACCAGAUAUGUCGGUCAACGACUACGAGAAACAGCAGUAUGCUGUCGCUGGCGAGACGCCUUCUGACCAUGCUGUUGGAGAUGUCACCGAUACCAAAGGCAAUGCCAUCAACGAGGCCGCUGGUGUGUACGGCUCAGUUCAGAAAGCCGAGGACUAUGGCUACGUUCAGAGAGGCCUCAAGUCGCGCCACAUCCAGUUCAUCGCACUCGGAGGUACCAUCGGUACCGGUCUGUUCCUCGGUAUCGGUAAAGCUUUCGCCAACGCUGGUCCUGUCUCUGUCCUCCUUGGUUACACCAUUACAGGUGUUGCUGUCUUCGGUAUGAUGCAAUGCCUCGGUGAGAUGGCCACUUGGCUUCCCCUACCCGGUGCUAUUCCCCAGUAUGCUGCUCGCUAUGCGGAUCCUGCUCUUGGUUUUGCCGUCGGUUGGAACAAUUGGUACAACAGCUCUAUCACGCUCUGCGCUGAGAUCUCUGCUGCCGCUCUGCUUAUCAACUUCUGGGAUCAAGAAGAGAAGUAUGUACCGCCACUACUCCGAAUGCGACAACAACUAACAUGCCACUAGGUACAACCCUGCCAUAUGGAUCUCCAUCAUCAUUGUCAUCAUCGUCUUUCUUAACAUCUUCGCUGUUUCGAUUUACGGAGAAGCUGAAUUCAUAUUCGCGUCCAUAAAGAUUAUAACGAUCCUGGGACUGCUCAUUGCUGGUCUGGUCAUCAUGCUUGGUGGAGGACCAGACCAUGACAGGCGAGGGUUCCGCUAUUGGAAAGAGGGCGCUAUGAAGGAAUACGUUGGUACUGGUAGUACUGGUCGCUUCACCGGUCUUUGGUCUACCCUUGUCAACGCUGCGUUCUCUU